AUGAGUUCCAUUUAUGAUAUGGAAGACAAGGAAUUAGAGAGAUCCAAAAUUCAGAUAGAAACGGGAAGGAAACUAAGAGCUAAUGGUGAAGGACUAAAUCAAUCUUUUUUGAGCAUGUUCAAAGCAAUUACUACAUUGACGGCUAUCAAAGUAAAAAAUAAAAGCUGCUGUUCAGACGUUCAUCUCCAACUAGCUAUUGCUUGUAUCUUACGUUUUCUCUAUGCCCAUUAUACAAAACCUCAGUCAAAUGUUAUUUUGUCGAGAAGAAUAUUGUAUGAAAGUAUGUUGGAUGCAGUUAAAGAUUUGCCACGUUAUUGCUAUGUAGAUGAGAAUACCAAUAAGACGUGGAAUGAUGUCCUCCACUUGUUAUGUCUAAUUUUUGACUUUUUAUCAGCACAGGGCUAUUUGGAAACCAGAUUCUUUGAUGUGGUGAUCCAGUUGUAUGAAUCUAAAAACAUUCCUCUAGAGAAGAUGGCUAUACUGUGGAAAAAUAGAAGGCUUAAUCAUGCCUUUUGUUCUUCACCCAUACAUGAAGUGCUUAGAAGAAGUUUUUAUAAGCACUAUGGUGAACGUUCUGAGUCGGGUAGUUUAGAAAAAACUUGUAUGGCCGAAGUAACUGGGUUUAAUUGCAUGGACGAUCAGAUAAAGCAAGCUGCUUUUAGUUUGAUUUCCAGUACUCCUGAAGUUGAUGGGUCGAAGUUUCUUGCAUCCUAUCUUUACUAUGCCUUGUCUGAAAGUCUAGUUUCAACUGGAAAAUUAAUUGAGUUAUUACGUCCACCCACCUUGCCUAUUAUGUAG